CCACACCUGUCAUUUUCAUACUCACAUUCAGAAUGGGUCUCAUUCUGACACUCACACCUCUUCCCAAUGUCACUGUCACAUGCUCCUUCCCCCUACAAACACAGACAUCUCUCCACUGCAUGAUUGCUGGUCCCCCUUCCACCUGCUCCUCUCCUCCUGCUAGACACAUAGGCACUCCUGCACACAUGGUGAUCUAUAUUUUCCACCCUUUUCCAAUUUGCAUUUCUCCUGUGUGUCUGCAGGGCUCCAAAAAACGCAGACACCCCGUAAAAAACCUGCAGCAGCCUUUCUUCUUCCCAUGUUGGCACAAUUCCACAGUACUUCACCCCCCUUCCAAGCAUCCAGUCACCCCCCCGUCUUCUGUCAGAUUCUCCUCUAAGUGUGGCUUUCCUGCAAAUCCAGUUUUGUAAUCAUUUUGCCAACAUUAAAAAUGUGUUCCAGGUCUACACCUGACAGUCACUGGAAUGCUACUCCAGGCCUUAGAAGAAAGUGAAACUAAUUUAAAAGGCCCCUUAUUCUUUCUGUUACCUGCCUGCUGAAGUGAAAGUAAAUCUCCCUGCUCCUUUAUUCUGAACUGAUUUGACUUUCCCAUCUCCAAAGUGUGUACAGGGAGCAGGAGCCUUUCCACUCGAGCCCCAGCUGUAUUGGAAACCCUCCUAAGUCAGAGCAAUGGGUCAGGAAUCUAGCAAGCCUGUAUGGCCCAAGCCAGCAGGAGGGUAUCAGUCCAACACAGGCAGGAGGUAUGGAAGGAGGCAUGCUUAUGUCAGUUUCAGGCCGUCCACGAGCCAGCAGGAAAGAAUUUCCAGCCAGAGAAAGACGACAUCUGAAGUCUCAAUGCACAGAUCAGCCCCCAGUCAAACCACCAAGAGGAGCCGCUCGCCAUUUUCCACCACUCGUCGUAGUUGGGACGACAGUGAGAGCUCGGGAACCAGCCUGAAUGUUGACAAUGAGGACUACACCAGUACUUCCAGGUGGAGGGAUACUGCCAACACUGAUGACGGCCACUCGGAUAGCCUAGCCAAAAGAGGCAGAGGCGAGAGUUCAAGUGGCUACUCUGAGCCUGAGUACCCUGAAGACAAGAGGGAAGCCAGGAAUGACCAAGUGAAACCAGAAAAGGUGCCGAGAUGGCGACGAACCAUGGCUGACCCUGACUUCUGGACGUACAGCGAUGAUUACUACAAAUAUUUUGAUGAAGACUCUGACAGUGACAAAGAGUGGACUGCUGCUCUGCGUCGGAAAUAUCGAGGUCGGGAGCAAAAUCUGUCAUCCAGUGGUGAAAGCUGGGAGACUCUGCCAGGGAGAGAAGAGCAUGAACCUGAGCAAGCCAGAGUGAAUGCCAGUGCCAGUGCUAGCGCCAGCCCCAGUGCUAGUGUCAGUGCUGACAGCAAUGAACUUGAAGAAGUUCGAGGACCAUCUCUUCAGGAGGAGGAGCGGGCAUCCCCAGAAGAAGAAGUUCCUUGGCUUCAAUACAAUGAAAAUGAGAGUAGCAGUGAGGGGGAUAAUGAUUCUGGUCAGGAGUUUCUGCAGCCUGGAGUGUUCAUGCUGGAUGGAAACAACAACCUUGAAGAUGACUCCAGUGUGAGUGAAGACCUAGAAGUGGAUUGGAGCCUCUUUGAUGGGUUUGCAGAUGGGUUGGGGGUGGCCGAAGCCAUUUCCUAUGUGGAUCCUCAGUUCCUCACGUACAUGGCACUUGAAGAACGCCUGGCCCAGGCAAUGGAAACUGCCCUUGCACACUUGGAGUCUCUCGCGGUGGAUGUGGAGGUGGCCAAUCCACCAGCGAGCAAGGAGAGCAUCGACGCUCUUCCCGAGAUCUUGGUCACUGAAGAUCACAGUGCGGUGGGGCAGGAAAUGUGUUGCCCUAUCUGUUGUAGUGAAUAUGUGAAGGGGGAGGUGGCAACCGAGCUGCCGUGCCACCACUAUUUCCACAAGCCGUGCGUGUCCAUCUGGCUUCAGAAGUCAGGCACCUGCCCUGUGUGCCGCUGCAUGUUCCCUCCCCCACUCUAAGACCAAGGCUCUUUACUCCUGGUCUGAUGAUUUUCCCCAUCUGAAAUCCACAAUACUGCAGGAGCCCUCUCGAAAUUAACAAUUGAAAUGAAACCAAUCAGUCGAUUAAUCUACACCUGUUGAUUUCUUGUGAUUAUUUCCAAUGUGAAAACGAUUGUAUACGAUUGUAUUAAAAUUCAUAUUGUAUUUUAGAGGUUAGAAAGGGAAAACUAAACUUUCUAAAUGCUACUUGAGAUUGCAGUGAGAACAUACAUUUUCUAGCCUGAAAGUUGAAAUAAAUUGCAUUUGUUUUCUUCAGUAGAAUAUGUUGUUGUUAAUUGUAACGUCAGGUUUAUCUGUUAAAUAUGUCCAAAAGGCAUCAUCAUUUCUGUUGCAUGUUAUGGGUUAAUGUUCCUGUAAUUGCAGUGCUGUAAAAGCUUAUUAAAGUUCUUUUGGUUUUACAUGGUA